CUGAUCAAUCGCGUGCGAUCGUCGUCUUUGCCGUCUGAUUUCGGCGCCGAGGUGGGAGAGAUGAGACCUGGGUCUUUGCUGCUGCCCUUGGCGGCUGCGGCUUCGGCUGUUGCUGCUUCGGCUGGGGAUGUUUCUGAGUAUGUCAUGGUGAGGGAAGAGGAGGCGCCGCCGGUAUCUUGGACUUCUGUACCCGCGAGGGAUAAAGGACUCUCGUCUGUUGACGGAGUGGUUGAGUCCAUCGGCGGCGCGCUCCUUCGUGCCGCCGGGGCGGUGACCAGGACCGCGCGGAGUUUCACGUGGUCUGCCGACGACACAUCCUCUCGACAACGUCGGAGCUUCGCGACGGAGCGAGAUGUUUCUGGGACCGUGUACCAGGUCAUCCGGGAAAACGACCGCGGGAGACUAUUCUCGGAGCUCUUGGACGGUCACGAAAGUCUAAGACAGAUGCUAGAUGAUCCGGGUCGGGAGGUCACCGUGUUCCUGCCCGCGGACGAUGCGAUGCGGAGACUCGAGGGUCCCGGGGCGGUCGACGAGGCUUCUGUGAGGGAGAUCCUCGAGUAUCACGUCCUCUCGGGUGUGUACCCCCUCGACGCUCUGCGAGAGGCCCGGGCGGCGCAUACCGUGUUGGAAGAGGGCGGGAUGGGGCGCCGGCAGAGGGUGAGGGUCGAGGAAGGGGUGGAGGGGGUGGAUGUUAAUUUUUAUGCGCGUGUUUCGGGGGGCGAUUCGAUACAGACCGCGAACGGGAUCGUCCAUUUCGUAGACGACGUCCUCGUCCCGCCGCCGAGACAUGACAAGCUCAUCGAAGCGCUGCCGGAGCGGUUGAGCGUGUUCGCCGAGGCGCUGCGGAGGACCGGGAUGAGACCACGGGGCGGGGUGACGGUGUUUGCGCCGUCGGACGAUGCGUGGGAGGCGCUCGGGGCGGAGGCCGAGGGGUUCUUGUUCUCGGACGAGGGUGAGGAGUAUCUGAGGGCGCUGGUGGGGUAUCAUGUCGUCGAGGACGCGGUUGUUUACUCGGAUACGGAGACGCUGGGGGAGUUUGAGAGCGGCCAUUACCCUCCACAACUUUGGUCUGCCAGGACACCCUCACAACAAUCUUCAACCCCCAACACCCUGCGCCCUCAUCACGCGACGAGACGCAAUUAUGAGAACGGCAUAGACGAAGAGGACUCCAGCCCCCAGGAAACCAUCUCUCCACCGCCGCCCUUCGUCCCUCACGCGCCUACGCCGCCUACUCAGCAACCCCACACCCAGAACUUCAGUCGACCCGACCAGAGCUUCCCUGCUCCGGUCCUUAUUGGUGGCGGCAUGUUCAACAACCAAGAUCCCUACGUCUCCCAGCCGGCCGCUCGCUUCAACGAUGCCCAGCUGGCCGUCGACGAGGUCGCCAACCGCGCACGCGCGAGGGGCUUCCGUGACGAGCUCACCCUCGCCGCCGGCCGCUCCAUCACACCCGGAGUCGACGAUACUCCUUACAUCCACCACGCCCUGGAAGCCAUCACAAGAGACCACGGCAACAACUUCUCCCCUCCCUCCAGCAUGGGCUCGCAGGGGUAUAAUAACGAAGGCUACUACCGCGCCGCCGGCUACCUCCCAGACGACCUCCAAAACCACAGCCCCCAGAUCAGCGGCGACCCGGAGACCGGUUUCCAGCCCAUGAUGCCCGCCCCUCCGUCCGCCCACGCGCGGGACUCGCUACUCCGCCCGCAAUCUCAACAGGAGCGCCAGUCAAUGUCGCUCGGCACCCGCCUCAUGUCGCCGCCGCAGUCCGCCGACUCCAGAUACCGCCCGAGCCAAGACCGCAAGGGCCUGACCCCCGAGCCGACGUCAAAGUGGCUGCCCAUCAGCGAGAGGGAGACCGUCUUCCCGGGCAUGACGAAGCUCGACACCGUCGACGAGAGCCGAGAGACGUAUCCCAGGCUCACGUACGUACCCGCGAUCCUGAGACUCCCGUCCAUGAUCGCCCUCACGACGCUCUGCGUCUUGAUGAUUGUCGCGCUCAUGCUCUCAGCCAUCUACUCCCCGAUUCAGCCCGGCCUGCUCACCUACGGCGAGACCAUCUACAGCGCAAAGUACUUCCUCUUUCGCAUCCUCCCCCAGACCUGCGCGGCCGCGAUCUUCGUCUACGCCCAGUGCGUCACCACCGCCACCCUGCGCAUUCUCCCGUUCGUCGCCAUGACCGAGGAUGAGCCCAUGAAGCGACGCAACGCCCUCUUCAUGAACCUCUACCCCAAGUCCUUCCUUCUGCCCCAGCUCGCCGGGCCCGUACACGUCAAGGUCGCCCUCGCCAUCCUCUGGCUCUCCGCCUUCACGAUCCCCCUCGCCAGCGCCUCUUUCACCGUCAUCCACAAGGAGGUCUGGUACUGGACGGCGGUCCAGGGCACCGUCUGGGCGCUCGUGGCGCUCUACUUCCUUCUCGUCGCCGCCCUCGUCAUCCUCGCCCUCUACUGGCGCAACCGCGUCACCGGCCUCAUGUGGGACCCCCGCUCCAUCGCCGAUUUCUCCUUCAUGAUCAGCAAGUCCAACACGCGCGAGUCGUACCGCGGCUCCGAGGUGGCCGAGAACCGCCUCCAGCUCCGCCACAUCCUCCGCAACCGCAUCGUCGACCGCCUCGGCUACUGGAUGACCGACGACGACACCGAGGCCCCCUGGUACGGCAUCGGCACCGAGCACUCCCAGGGGCAGAUCCCCUCCGACAUCCACUACGACGCAAAGGGCGACUCCGACCGCCGCUCCAUCACCUCCAACCUCAUCGUCGCCGGCCACGACGACUACAUCCGCAACCUCUACCUCCCCUGGUGCCUCCGCACCUCCCCGCUCCUCUUCUUCGUCGUCGCCGCCACCGUCCUCCUCGCCGCCCUCUUCGUCGUCUCCUUCCUCAACCGCACCAGCCUCGUCAACGGCUUCGACCCCCGCAUCACCGCCGCCCCCGGCCACGGCGCCUUCUCCCCCGCCAACUUCCUCUACAGCUUCGUCCCCUCCCUCGUCGGCCUCCUCCUCUACCUCGCCUUCCAGUCCCUCGACCACCACCUCCGCGUCCUCCAGCCCUGGGCCGACCUCGGCCACAAGGACGGCAGCCCGGCCUCCCGCUCCGUCCUCGCCGACUACGCCGCCUGCCUCCCCCUCCAGUCCACCCUCCACGCCCUCCGCAACCGCCACUACCGCGUCGCCGCCCUCUCCCUCCUCUCCCUCCUCCUCGCCUUCCUCCCCGCCCUCGCCGGCGCCCUCUUCAUGGCCCUCACCGCCGUCCCCUCCGGCGGCGUCCGCAUGUUCCCCCUCGUCCCCGUCUUCGCCGUCCUCCUCGCCCUCCUGACCCUCUACCUCGCCGCCCUCGUCUCCCUCCUCUUCCGCCGCAACCACCUCCGCCUCCCCCACGCCGUCUCCUGCCCCGCCGAGAUCUUCUCCUUCCUCGCCAACGAGGACAACGCCCAGGACCCCGUCUUCCGCUCCCCCGGCCCGCCCCGCGCCCGCGCCGAGCUCGCGCACCGCCUCGGCGCCGGCCCGGCCUCGGCACAGAGCACCUGGAUGUUCGGAUACUGGCCGGGUCGCGACGAGAGGCGCCUCGGCGUCCGGAGGCAGAGGCGCUACACCGAGCGCAAGUCUUUCCACGUCCACGAGAGGACCCCCUCGCGGCGGUCCAUGAUUUAA